AUGCGUCGAAUUAUAAUAUCCAUUUUGUGUUUAACCUUUAUUUUCUCGACUAUUUUUAAUAUUUUUGGUGUUGACGCUAAAGAACCUCCUACAACCUUGCAAAUUGGAAUUAAACAUCGUGUCCCUGAGGGUCAAUGCACUAAAAUGACAAAGGACGGUGAUUCAAUAUCCGUUCAUUAUACAGGGGUUCUCUUUGAGGAUGGAAAAGAAUUUGAUUCUAGUAUUCCUCGUGGUGAACCUUUUACUUUCACUUUAGGGGUUGGGCAGGUCAUUAAAGGUUGGGAUCAAGGUCUGAAGGGCAUGUGUAUCGGUGAAAAACGUAAAUUAAUAAUUCCUUCUCAUCUCGCUUAUGGAACUAGAGGAAGUCCUCCGGCUAUUCCUGAAAAUGCCGCUCUCGUAUUUGACGUUGAAUUGGUUGGAAUUGGAAAGAAUAGAGUUGAACUUUAA